CGCGUGAACCUCCAUCCCGCCUCUCAUCGUCCUACACCUCAUUAACCCAUCAACAAUUGCUGCUCGAAGUCACCAUGCAACAGCCGACCAACUAUUACACACAAACCGAAAGUGAAUUGCUGCAACUAGAAGCUGCCGGUGGACAUUUACCCGAAUACGAACAACUACAACCAGAAGCCUCAUUAUUGCAAACACAGACACAAACAGCAACCUCCUCAUCGCCUCAACAGCAGCUCUCACAGUUACAACAGUCGACACAAGCACAACAAACACUCCCAACAACAAUAACAUCUCUCAAUAAUUUGGAACGUGCGACGCCCAAUUCAUCCACAGCCGCCACACCUACACCGACCACUGCUAGCAAUUUGGAAGCAUCAUCGAGCAGCACAAGCAACGGUGGUGGCAGCAGUAAUAGUACGACCCCUCAACAUUUUGUAGCACCACUACAGCGUCGCUGCCAAGCGCCGCCACCAUCAUUGCCACUCAGCUCGAUUUCAUCACCGCUGCGAGCAGCCAACUACAAGACGGCUGCCUAUCAUCAGCACCAACAUCAUCAGCAGCAGUUGGAAUUCCAGCGAAAUUCCCAAUCGGACGAUGAUAGUGGCUGCGCGCUGGAGGAGUACACGUGGGUGCCGCCAGGGUUACGACCGGAUCAGGUCCGCUUGUACUUCUCACAACUGCCCGACGAUAAGGUACCUUAUGUCAACAGUGCCGGCGAAAAAUAUCGCGUUAAACAGUUACUGCACCAGUUGCCGCCGCAAGAUAACGAGGUGCGCUACUGCCACUCACUAAGCGAUGAGGAGCGUAAGGAGCUGCGCAUAUUUUCGGCACAAAGAAAACGUGAAGCAUUGGGACGUGGUGCCGUGCGUUUACUUUCGGAUGAGAGGCCUUGCAAGGGGUGCGAUGAGCCAUUAUCCGCCGGUGACAUUGUGGUCUUUGCCCAACGUGUCGGCUCUCAGAUUUGCUGGCAUCCUGGUUGUUUCGUUUGUUGCGUUUGCAAGGAAUUACUUGUGGAUUUGAUUUAUUUUCAUCGUGAUGGCAAUCUCUAUUGUGGCAGACAUCACGCCGAGACGCAGAAGCCGCGUUGCUCCGCUUGCGAUGAGAUUAUCUUCUCGGAUGAAUGCACCGAAGCGGAAGGUCGCACCUGGCACAUGAAACAUUUCGCCUGCUUCGAAUGUGAACAUCAACUUGGCGGGCAGCGCUACAUCAUGCGUGACGGCAAGCCCUACUGCCUCAGCUGCUUUGACACCAUGUUUGCUGAAUACUGCGACUAUUGCGGCGAAGUGAUCGGUGUCGAUCAGGGACAGAUGAGUCAUGACGGACAGCACUGGCAUGCCACUGACCAAUGCUUCUCAUGUUGCACUUGUCGCUGUUCGCUCUUGGGCAGACCAUUUCUACCGCGCCGUGGCACCAUUUAUUGUUCGAUCGCUUGCAGCAAAGGUGAGCCACCUACACCAUCCGACACCAGUUCAGGACCACAGCUGCGACCGACACAUCGUGCCAGCACAACAAGUCAAAUUGCGCGUUCACCAAGACCGGGCGCACGUCAUAAGGGUAAUAGUGGUGGUGUGACCGGUAGCAAUGGAAAGAGUGCAAGCAGCGCAGGUGAUUUGUUAGAAAGGCAAACGCGUCAGCGAAUGGAGGUGGGCAUUGAUCGACUUAUGAUCGUAGGCAAGCUGGCGGCGGGCUGUGAUGAUGUUAUGCCACCACUGCCAGGGGUACCACGGCCAGCGCAUCCGCCACCCAUCGACCUCACCGAGUUGGGCAUUAGUUUGGACAAUAUCUGCGCAGGAGAUAAAUCGGGUUUUGGCGAUACAGGAAAUCUCACCUCUUCGCUGCCAGAUAUGCUGAUGUCAAAAGGCGAGGACUCGCAUAGCUAUCAAAGUAUUGACAAAAUCAACAUAAACUCACCGAGCGCAUCGGAACUUACGCAAAGCACACAAGAGAUUACCAACGAGCUAGAGCUGGAAAAUGAUAACGAAAACUGCGAGCUACCACGUGACAACUAUGAAAUUCUAUUGAAUGCGAAGCGCGCGCGUAACAAGUCCGAUGUGGACGAUGACGACGACGAUGACGAUGAGGAUCACAGUGACGCACCAGGAAACGAGGCCAAUACACGCUCACACCUCAAAGAGGUGCGCUUCCAUAGCGUGCAGGAUACAAUGUCACGUUCGAAGAGCUAUACGGACAGUACGAACGCGCGGCGCAGACGACGAAAACGAAAUCAAUCGCGAAGCUCCUCUGAAAUGCAAAUAAAUCAGACAAACCUACGACUGCACAAUGCGCAAACGCAUACAGCGGGCGUACACAACAAUCUCGACAAUGGUGACGCGGCAAGUGUCUGUUCAACCUGUUCGUCCAGCUCGUCCAGUGACAUGGAUGACUAUUUAUAUCGAAUACCUGCGCGCAGACACUAUGGCGGAGUGCGCGUGUCCUAUGUACCAAACGAUGCGAUCGCUUACGAACGCAAGCGCAAACAAGCGGCCAGUGAGCAGCAUUUGGGCAAUGGUGGGGGAGGAGGUGGAGCGUCCUUGAUUGGUGGCACAGCAGCAACAAUGACAGCAUCGACAAGUGGCGCAACGAGUGGCGGGGAGACGAAAAGUUGUAUCAUUUCAUGACAGCCUCCGAUCUUACCACCGCCACCGCUCAGCCUUGGCAGCUACUAUAUACUGGACACGAUAUUGGAGGAGCAACGUUUGGUGAUGGAGGAAAAGCGACCGGGUUGUUUAAAGCGCGUUUGGCGCAUGCUAACUGCCGGUGGCAAGGGUAAGAAGACAGCAGAGGAGAUGCAACAUGUUUAGAGUGAACUAAAGGGCAUUCAAAAAAAGUUGUAAAGGAAGAGAGUAUAAAAAAAUGCAAAUAGCAUAAAAAUUAGUUAAAAAAAAAGCACUUUAAUAUAGGGCGACGUUAGAAGAGAACGCAAGAGAGCACUGCCGGACAAAUGCAUUGCAAACAAACUUUGCAAAAGAUUUAUACAAAAAGGCUGAGAAACAUACUUUAAGGCAUUACUCCGCACACUUUUCUCUCUGUGAGUUACCUCCGAUGUCGCACUUGCAUUACGAGUACUUAAAAAAGGGGUAUGUCUGGCCAAUAAACCAGCCACAUCGCUCUAUAUACGAGCGUGCAUAAAAUGUUUGUAUGUAUAAUUUUCUAAUCCUUUAAUUUGCAUCUAAGUUGGUAUUCUAAAUUUACCUAGGGUUGUAAAGAACUAUCAAUGCAAGAGCACUUGCUCUGUCUAUAAGAAGCACUGAAGAACUUCCAUAUCGUAGUUGUAGUUUUAAACGGAAAACGAAAAAAGCGUAUUU